AUGAGACAAUCAGCAUUUCUACCGUUUCCUAUGGAAGUUCCUCCCCCUCCCUCCCUUCCCCGGGGCACUCAGUAUGUUCUCUGUGUACAGAAAGCAAAGUCUGAUGGAUCACAAGUUUCAACCACAGUCAAACAAAAUUGGUUAUCACAGCUAAGGGUGCUGUAUAAACAGGAUAAUACUUUUAUUGUAAAGCCAGCAUGUAAUAAUAUCUCCUUUUUUCAGAUAAACCCUCCAUAUUAUGUACCUCUGGUAGAGGUUGUGCCUGCUCCCUGGACAGACAGUAAAGUUGUAGACCAGACAGUAGCUUUAAUGAAAGGCAUUGGACAAUCACCUGUUGUCAUUAAGAAAGAAGUGAACGGAUUCAUUUUAAACCGUUUGCAGUAUGCUGUUAUUAUGGAGGCAUGGAGACUAGUAGAGGAUGGUAUUUGCUCUCCUGAAGAUGUUGACACUGCUAUGACAGAUGGUCUUGGAUUACGGUAUUCACUUAUAGGUCCAUUUGAAACCAUGCAGCUAAAUGCCAAUGGAAUCAGAGAUUACUGUGAGAGGUACGGAGCCAACAUUGAAACUGUCUGUAAGGAACAGGGAGGUCCUCGGACACUCGGCGGUGAAACACUGGACAAACUUGAGAAGGCGUUAGCUGAAACCAUGCCUCUAGGUCAGCUGAAUGAAAGAAGGAAUUUGAGAGAUAGGCGACUAGCAGCACUUGCACAGCACAAAACGCAACAAGAGAAUGAAAACAGCGCCGAUUAACGGGUAAAUUUUCAGGUGUCAACUGGCCCUGGAAUACCUACUGUGCCUGCAGACCUCAUAUUAAUGUAUUGCAAAGGGUCAGCUCAUUACAAAUAGUUGGGAACAAUUUGAAAUUAGUAUCCUAUUACAACUGCAGAUGUUUCUUACCUUCUGCUAAUCGUGGCUUGUCGAGGCCUUAUGCGCCUCUCUUGCGCAAGGAGUUCGGUGAAGCGAUAAUGAUUUGUAAGAAUAAGGGAAUAUUGUAAUGGUGAUCAAUAGAAUGGAGUGCAAUUCCUGGAGUAGUCGAGAAAGCGAUUCCAAACUGAUUACUCCGCGACUUUUUUCCAUCGUUCAGUUCAACAAGCUAUAGAUGCUAUCGAUAGUAAAACGGAUCACGUUAGGACGCCUGUUUUAGACAUUUUUAUUCAAAAUUCACUUAGGUCAAUUUUCGAAAACCUUUGCCAGACAGCAGGUAAUAACCUAUCUACUCUCCUGUUAUUACAUACCUGGUCAGAUCUGUUGUAAAUGGAUGCUCUCGUGAUCGCUCUUCAAUUAUGAAAUUAGCGUGCAGAAAACCAGUUAGGAACGAAAAUUUUGUUGUUAAUACUAUAUUAUUGAAAAAGGGCCAUUGUAAGGCGACGAAUAAUUUAAUACAUAGAAUCGUCUAUUCUGAAGAGACUCUAUGAAAAACUCUCCAUCGGACUUUAAAGCAGUAAAAUCACUCAAAUUCAGUUCGGUAUAAAUAAAGUAUAUUUUUGUUCUGGA